AGCUUGGAGGACCACAACAUGUCCUUCCAGAGCAUCAUCCGCCUGUCCCUGGACAGACCUGCCCAUGCUGUUUGUGUGCUGGGCAUGGAGAUCUGCUUGGAUCUCAGUGGGUGUGCCCCGCAGAAGUGCGAGUCCUUCACCAUCCGUGGCUCUGGGGGGGUCCUGAUCGACGUCUCCAACACGGUAAUUACGGAGGAGGAGAAUGCCACUGUCUGGUGUCCUCUGUUGGAUCCCACGUACGUGCUAGUGAAGAUGAUAUCACCCAGCCCUGCUGUGGAUGAGGAUAAAGUUUUGGUCUCAUAUUAUCGGCCCGACAAGGAAGUCCCUGCAGCCACUGCUGUGCUGUACCUGACUGGCAUUGAGGUCUCCUUGGAGGCAGACAUCUACCGCAGUGGGCAAAUUGGGACACCAAGCAACAAACAGGCUGACAAGAAAAAAUGGGUCUGGGGCCCCAGUGGUUCAGGUGCCAUACUGCUUGUGAACUGCAGCCCUGCUGACAUGAACCAGCUCAUAGACAAGACCAAGAAAGUGUUCUCGUCAGAAGAAAUAAAGAAUCUGUCCCAGAUGACACUGAAUGUCCAGGGACCCAGCUGUAUCCUAAAGAAAUACCGACUGGUCCUCCACACCUCUAAGGAAGAGUCAAAGAAGGCGAAAGUCUACUGGCCCCAAAAAGAUGGCUCCAGUACCUUUGAGCUGGUGCUGGGGCCUGGCCAGCAUAGCCACACCUGGGCCCCUCUUGAGAACCAGCUGAAGGAGACCUUCUACAUCGAAGCUCUUGAGUUCCCCUCCUCCACCUUCUCGGGCCUGAUUUCCUACUCUGUCUCCCUGGUGGAAGAGUCUCAAGAUCUGUCGAUUCCAGAAACCCCAGUGUACAAAGAUACAGUAGUAUUCCGGGUAGCUCCCUGCAUCUUUCUUCCCAGCACCCAGAUGCCUCUAGAGGUGUACCUGUGCAGAGAACUGCAGCUCCAGGGCUUUGUGAACACAGUGGCAGAGCUGAGCGAGAGGAGUAACAGCCAGGUGGCAUCCGUCUACGAGGACCCCAACCGCCUGGGCAGGUGGCUCCAGGACGAGAUGGCCUUCUGCUACACGCAGGCUCCCCACAAGACGAUUUCCUUGAUCCUUGACACCCCUCGGGCCGUCAUGCUCGAAGACUUUCCCAUGAAAUACUCACUGAGCCCUGGUGUUGGCUAUGCAUUCCAGUCCACUGAGGACCAUAGAGUGGCCAGCAUGGAUUCCAUCGGGAAUUUGAUGGUGUCUCCGCCUGUCAAAGUCCAAGGCAAAGAGUAUCCCCUAGGCAGGCUCCUCAUUGGCAGCAGCUUUUACCCCAGCAUGGAGGGCCGGGCCAUGAGUAAGACCCUCCGAGACUUCCUCUGUGCCCAGCAGGUCCAGGCCCCGGUGGAACUCUUCUCAGACUGGCUGAUGACCGGCCACAUGGACGAGUUCAUGUGCUUCAUCCCCACAGACAACACGGAGGGCAGAAAGGGCUUCCAGCUGCUCCUGGCCAGCCCCAGCUCCUGCUAUAAACUUUUCCGAAAGCAGCAGCAAGAGGGCUACGGGGGUGCGCUGAUGUUUGAUGAGGUUAGAGGUGAUCAGCUCCUCUCUAAUGGGAGGGAGGCCAGAACCAUCGAUCAACUUCUUGCUGAUGAAAGCUUGAGAAAGCAGAAUGAAUAUGUGGAGAAGUGUAUUGGCUUAAACCGUGACAUUCUGAAGAGGGAGCUGGGCCUGGUGGAGAGUGACAUUCUCGAUGUCCCCCAGCUCUUCUGUUUGGAGCUACUGACUAACGUCCCCUCCGACCAGCAGACCAGGAAACCUUUUGCGAGGCCAUACUUCCCUGACCUGCUGCAGAUGAUUGUGAUGGGCAAGAAUCUGGGGAUCCCCAAGCCUUUUGGGCCCCAAAUCAAGGGUACCUGCUGCCUAGAAGAAAAGAUCUGCCAGUUGCUAGAGCCCCUGGGCUUCAAGUGCAUCUUCAUUGAUGACUUUGACUGCUACCUGACCAACAUUGGAGACUUCUGUGCCUGUGCCAACAUCCGCCGGGUGCCCUUUGCCUUCAAAUGGUGGAAGAUGGAGCCUUAG